AUGCUGGGCAUUGCAGGCUUGGCAAGUCUGUACCAUUUGAUCAGUAACCUGAGUCUGCAAGGCCAGCACGGUGGCCAUCACCAUCCGCAUCAUGGUCACCAUCACCACCACCACCACCACCAUCACCCUGGACCAGGAUCCCCUUAUGGGACAUUUCCUCAGCCAGACGAUCCAUUCAGAUUUUUGCCCUGUACCAACAAGACCUUGCCUCCUGCCCUGGAGGACAAGGAUCACGAGGCAUCCUGGGCGGGGCUGUUUGAUCCCGAGCCUGACCACUGGAGCUGGGCUGAGAAAAACCCGGCGUCUAUGGGAGAUAGCAGUAGUAUAAGGCCUAAGGAUCCCUACGCUGGCCGUGGCAUCUUCCUCUGUGGGUAUCUCGACGUGCCGCUGGAUUACCUCAACGCCACAGAAACUCGCACCGUCAGGAUUGCAGUCACAAAGCUGCAGGUCUCAGGGCUAUCCCGCCUCGACAGAUCUUCACCGCCAGGCUCUGGCGUCAAGAGCAAGAGGACGCUGUUGAUUGAGCCUGGUGGCCCUGGUGGCAGUGGCACGGAAUACACCUGGAGGACAGCCCAGGACAGGACGCUCAAAUACACCAAUGGCACCUUUGACGUGCUGGGCUGGGAUCCCCGCGGGGUGAACACGUCGCAGCCUGCCAUCUCCUGCUACCCAUACGACGCCGACAGAGACCGUUGGCACAUGCUCACCGACCUGUACCGAGAGGAGUCGGCGGAUCCAGACACAUUACUGCGGUGGGCUGACACGAUGAACAAUGCAACUUUUCAUGCCUGUUGGAAGAAGUUUGGAGACCUCGGCCGCUUCAUGACGACGGCGCUCGUGGCAAGAGAUCUCGACGAGAUCAGGAAGGCCCUGGGCGAGGAGCAGCUGGACGGGUACUUUGUCAGCUACGGUACAGGGAUCGGGCAGACAUAUGCGAAUAUGUUCCCUGACCGUGUUGGUCGGCUCAUCCUCGACGGUACCGAGUAUGUCCGUGAUCACCGCCUGUUGGGCGGUUUUGGCUGGACAGCUCUUGACAACGUGACGAACGCCUGGCACGAUGGCUUCCUUGGGGAGUGCGUCCAUGCCGGGCCAGAGCACUGCUGGCUAGCAAAGCCACAUGGUGGCGAGCCAGUCACUCUCGAGAGCCUCGACCUCCGCAUGCGGACGCUGAUAGACUCGCUCAUCACCCAGCCCGUGCCUGGAUACCAUGAGGAGAGCGGCCCCUCUCUGGUCACAUACCGUGGCCUGGUGCACACCAUCUACGCGGCUCUCUACAACCCCGUCACCUGGCCCACGCUGGCCCAGACGCUCUACGAGCUCGAGCAGGGGAACUCCACCCUCGCUACGAGCCUCAUCGAGAAGAACGACUGGGAAUACGACCCGACGCGCUUCCAGCCGCCCUCCCCGCGGCCGUCAAGCGAUGAGCUCUCGCUCAUGGUCAUCUGCGCAGACAGCUACGACGCCCCCCUGCCGCCCGAGGGCCUCGCCUGGUGGUCCUCCCUCUGGGCCAACAUGACGACCAAGUCCUGGAUCUCGGGCAAUGACCGCUUCUACGCCGUCCUACCUUGCCGCCAUUUCACCACCUACUGGCCCGAUGUGGCCGAGGUCUACCGCGGCGAUCUGAAUCACACCCUCGCCCACCCGGUCCUGCUCAUCGCCGAGGUCUAUGACCCAGCGACGCCGCUGCGCAACGGGCGGAGGCUGCUGCAUGAGAUGGGCGAGAAUGCGCGGCUGAUUGUUCAUCAUGGCUAUGGGCACUCGACGAGGGACUUGUCUACUUGUACGGAUUCGCUGGCGAGGGCGUAUAUCCUCAAUGGGACGGUGCCGACCGAGCGGGAGACGGCUUGUUUUGCGGAUCGAAAGCCGUAUCUUCCGGCGCCUGGGAGGCAAGGGGUAGAUCCCGUGGAGGUUUGGAGGGAGCAUGUUGAGAGUUUGGCGGGGUGGGCUCCUUGAUUGUUAGGUUGGUGGAGGUGUGGUUAUGGUUGUUGUUGUUGUUGUUGUUGUUGUUGUUCUACCUAGAUAUCCAAACUCAGCAAUUGUAGGAUUUUGAGAUAUGAG